AUGACCUUUGGCACCCUCGCCAUUGCUGUACUUCCCGCUAGAGACAACCGGCACAAGGCAGCCUUCUCUCGAAAAUGGAAAAAUCAACCCAAGUCCUUCCCCAUCAGGAGAGACGCCUUUGCGCUGGUCAUCAUGGCCCUUGGUCAGCUUUCACAACCGACGGCAGGGGUUUCAACGUUCACUACUGAGGACCAGACCCUCGGGGAUACAGAUGCAUCCCUGUACAUGAAGUUGGCUUUGGCCAUUAUGAAGGAUUAUGCGCAGGCAAACACUCUCGAAGAUGCCCAGAUAUGGGUGUUUGCGUCGCUCUUCGCUUUCUUAAGUGGCCGGCCGCACGAAACUUGGCAGUAUUUGGCAUCGGCCUCUAACCGCCUACCGCCUCGUACGCCCAGACCCUGUGGGUGUGAGAAAGCCGGACGAAAGCCGGAUUUGGCAUCGGCAAAGGCCACUCGAUUCGCUGCGGGCGCUGGCGAGCUUCGUAUCAGCCCGAUCCUCGAUUGGGCCACUGCGCCCAGCAGUCCGCGCAUCCUAAAGCGUCUCUCGCACGCCAGAGCAGCCGUUGGUUGCGCUCCGCGGCCUGUCGGCCACGGUUGUGGUGGCCAGGGGCAACUUACGAUCCGCUGGAAAAGCACCCAUCCCAGUCUCGAGAGUUUCGUGCCCCCUGGCUCGCCCCGUCGAGGACCUCCACGACAGGGCUGGCUGGGUACCUACGCCAACGUCUGCCAGAACGCGCGCUACUUGCUGGCCGGCAUGGUGCCUCCGUCCGAAUCGCCCUGCACUCACCCGUGCGUCAACGCGGUCUCCCUACUAGGGCCCGAGUAG